GUGGUGGCGUUGGUGUCACUACUUUCAUGUAGUCGUAAAGAUAAAGUAAAGCAAAUUGAUGCUGGUUUUGCAAGGCUUGUUACAAAAUAAUUGAUAAAAAGUGCGAAGAUGCCGGUCCAAGAGGUUGGAGUUUCACAACCGGCUACUCCGGAAACUGAGGAUACUCCAGUACCAUCCUCGCAGCCCGUCGUUGGCAUUAUUUAUCCUCCACCGGAGGUUAGAAACAUUGUCGACAAGACUGCUAGUUUUGUUGCCAGAAAUGGCCCCGAAUUCGAAUCCAGAAUUCGACAAAAUGAAUUGGGAAAUCCAAAAUUCAAUUUUUUGAACGUGGGUGAUCCAUACCAUACGUAUUAUCAACAUAAAGUUAAGGAAUUUAAGGAAGGAAAAGGACAGGAACCAACUUUUGGUGGACCGACAAAAGGAGUUAAUUUAGUGGCCCAUCAAAAGCAACAAGAGAUUCUUAAACAAGUGGAGCAACCGUUUAUUCCAAAAGAUCCUCCGGGUGAAUUUGAGUUUGUUGCUGACCCACCGUCUAUUUCCGCCUUGGAUUUAGAUAUAGUGAAAUUGACGGCGCAAUUUGUGGCACGUAACGGUCGUCAAUUUUUAACAUAUUUAAUGAACAGAGAGCAAAGGAAUUUUCAAUUUGAUUUUUUAAGACCUCAACAUUCGCUAUUUCAAUAUUUUACAAAACUAUUGGAACAGUACACAAAGGUAUUGAUUCCACCAAAAGAUUUAAUAUCAAAACUUAAGAAUGAAGCCUUUAAUAUGGAUAAGAUUUUCGAACAAGUUAAAUAUCGAGCAGAGUGGCUUAAAUAUCAAGAUGCACAGAAACGCAAGGAAGAAGAAGAGUUGAAACGCGAAAGAGUAGCGUAUGCUCAAAUUGAUUGGCAUGAUUUUGUUGUAGUAGAAACUGUAGAUUAUCAGCAAUUUGAAGUUGGUAAUUUUCCAGCACCAACGACACCCGACGAAGUCGGUGCAAGAGUCCUUAUGCAGGAGCGCAUCGAGGAUGGCGAAGAGGUUGAGAUGCAAAUUGAAAGCGAUGGCGAAGACGAAAUGCUGUCACGUAUGGAAGGGGAGAAAGAUCGCGCUAAGGAUAAUAAUCAAGUCCAGGACAUGGAAGAAGACUCUAGUGACGAAGAAGAGGUCUCACCACCUGGUGAAUUGCAGAAGAAAGACAAGUCACGUGACAACAGUAUGCAGCCACCACCUUUACCUCCGACUCCAGGAAAUGUCGUUGUCAAAAAGGGUUACGAUCCAAAACAGCACGCCGCGAAAGUGUCGAGACCAACGGCUCCGGACGAGUAUCUCGUCUCGCCAAUCACGGGUGAGCGUAUACCGGCGAGUAAAGUGCAGGAGCACAUGCGCAUCGGGCUACUGGAUCCGCGCUGGGUCGAGCAGCGCGAUAAACACCUGGACAAGCUUGCCCAGGAGACGGUAUUCGCCCCGGGUACCGCCAUCGAGGCGAGUCUCAAGCAGCUCGCCGAGCGUCGUACCGAUAUUUUCGGUGUCGGCGACGAGGAAACGGCCAUUGGUAAGAAAAUCGGCGAGGAGGAUAAGAAGAAGGAUGACAAGGUCACCUGGGACGGGCACACGUCGAGCGUCGAGGCCGCGACGAGGGCUGCGAGGGCCAACAUUACGCUGGAAGAGCAAAUCCAUCAGAUUCACAAGGUCAAAGGAUUGUUGCCCGACGAGGAGAAGGAGAAGAUCGGUCCAAAACCCGCAAGUCGAGCAGCAGAAUUGUCGCACAUGGCGGCUGUGGCAUCCAAGCCUCAAGCGACGUUGAAAGCGCCACCGAAGCCACCGGUACCAAAACCUAUACCUCAGGUACAACCAACGCAGCCUCCGCCACCACCGCAGAUGACAAUGCCAACAAUGGGAAUACCACAGCCAAUGAUGCCACAACCUCCAAUGAUGAUGAUGGCACCUAUGCCAUCAAUAAGACCUCCUCCAACAUUACUACCUCCAACAAUGUCUCCGUUUAUGCCCACACCGCCACCGAUACAACCUCCCAUGCCACCUCAAAUGAGCAUGAAGCAUCCAUCGGAUGGUAUGGACGAUGAACCACAUGCGAAGAAACUCCGUACGGAAGAUUCAUUGAUUCCUGAACAGCAGUUCUUGGCUAGAAAUAAGGCUCCGGUACAGAUAAACAUUGCCGUGCCAUUGAUGACUGAAAAGGCCGAAUGGAAGCUUAACGGUCAAGCUUUGACCAUUACAUUGCAAAUCACCGAUUCGGUAUCGACAAUGAAAGCACGUAUUCACGAACAUACGGGUAUGCCACCGGGUAAACAAAAGUUGCAGUACGAGGGAAUGUUCUUUAAAGAUAAUAAUACCCUUGCCUAUUAUAAUUUGACGUCAGGAAGUAUUAUUAAUCUUCUACCGAAAGAACGAGGAGGCCGAAAGAAGUAAACCAUUAAUUUAAUUUAAAUCACUUAUAGUACAUGGAACUUG